UUCACGCCGCAUGUGAAGGUCGGCCCGCCAAGAACAGUUGUGUCUCCAUCUGGCUGCCAACCCACCCAGUCUUUCUUCUCCUCCACCACCACCACCACCACCACCUUCCCUUCUUUCCCUCCUCUCCCUUCUUUCCCUCCUCCCCCUCCUUUCCGUCUUCCCUCUCCACCCCCGCCCCCAAUCUCCUCCUCUUUUUCUCACUACAAGCGGUUGCUGAUGCUGAAGCCGAGCGUCACUUCGGCUCCCACGGCAGACAUGGCGACAUUGACAGUGGUCCAGCCGCUCACUCUGGACAGAGAUGUUGCCAGAGCAAUUGAAUUACUGGAAAAACUACAAGAAUCUGGAGAAGUACCAGUGCACAAGCUACAGUCCCUUAAAAAAGUGCUUCAGAGUGAGUUUUGUACUGCUAUUCGAGAGGUGUAUCAAUAUAUGCAUGAAACGAUAACUGUUAAUGGCUGUCCUGAAUUCCGUGCCAGGGCCACGGCAAAGGCAACGGUUGCAGCUUUUGCAGCUAGUGAAGGCCACUCCCACCCUCGGGUAGUCGAACUGCCAAAGACUGACGAAGGCCUUGGUUUUAACGUGAUGGGAGGAAAGGAGCAAAAUUCCCCCAUUUACAUCUCUCGCAUCAUUCCUGGAGGAGUGGCUGAAAGGCACGGAGGCCUCAAAAGAGGAGACCAGUUGCUGUCAGUGAAUGGAGUGAGCGUGGAAGGAGAACACCAUGAGAAAGCUGUGGAACUACUCAAGGCUGCUAAGGACAGCGUCAAGCUGGUGGUUAGAUACACACCGAAAGUCCUGGAAGAAAUGGAGGCUCGCUUUGAAAAGCUACGGACGGCCCGGCGUCGGCAGCAGCAGCAGUUGCUAAUUCAGCAGCAGCAACAGCAGCAGCAACAAACACAGCAAAACCACAUGUCAUAGGUCCUUGAGGAAAAGCUACUUGAUCAAACAACUGAUAGUCACAAAUUUGAAACCGUGCUUCUGAAUCCCAGCACAUAUUAAAAAGAAAAGACAAUACUGAUAAUUAUACCUGUCAAGAAGCUGUGAACACGUGGUGUAUAAAUUCUUUACUAAGGCACCUUCUUUCUCUGGGGCUGAACCCCCACUGCUCAAGGCUCUUUACACACACAGACCUUCCAUUCACUGCAGUGGGCAUUCUCUGUGUGUCAACGGAGAGUUUUCCAGUCUGCAGACUGAAACAGUAUAAGAAUAAAGUCUAUGACUUUCAGAUAAAUCACCAGGGCCAAGAUUAAGUGAAUCUUGGAUCUAUAGCUUUUCCAGAGAUUACAAACACCUCAUUAGGCUGUAGUUCAAACUGCAUCAGUUCAAUAAUGUCACCACUUCAAAGAAACCUACUCAUUGCCCCUCGCCCUGACUUGUUCCACAUCCACGUUGCUGAGUUGUCCGAAUUAGAAAUUCCAGUUAAAUGCAAAUUUGACCUAUAUUCCCUUCUUGAAAAACAAGUUAUUAUACUAUGUUUAUACUCUA